UUAGACACAAACCCCCGUGUGGUGAGGGCUGGCACACUGUAGUUGAAUUGCCAUCCCUUGGGUUCUCUCUCUCUCUUUCUCUCCCCCUUACUUGAAUAAUUCAAAGAUGACAACUUCACCAUCCAUUGAAUCCUCUACUUUCUCAGGCGGAACUCAGGUAGCAAAUAUCUAAGUGAAUAUGGAUGAUGAGAAACUUUUGAUGGGUGAUAUCUGCCAGAAUUCUGGAUUCUUUCAACUUGAACCAGGUCCAAACAAGAAGGCCAUUAGUUUGCCUUUGCGAGAUGAGGAUUACACUGAGGACAUAAAAGAAGUGCAGGCUUAUCUUGAUAAGGUGAAGAAGAUUGUGAGACCAGGUUGUUCACAAGAAGUGUUGAAUGUGGCUGUGAGUUCCAUGUCCUCACUCGCCAGGAUCCUCUCAGCGUUGUCUUCUGAACCAAAACCCCGUGCCUCACUUUGAACAAGUCUGCCAUUUAUAUACCUGCUGUGAUGAGGGAAAACAUGCCUGCAUCAUGUAUGAAGCCUAUCUUCUUAGCAUCUUUACUUUAUUUUCUUCUUCUUUUGUAUUGUGAGCUUGGGGAUUUGAUUUGGGGCAGGGUAGAUAUUUAUUACUACUAUAUAUUUACUUUUGUGAAUGCCCUUAUUUUUAAGAAUACAUGCAAAUGAUGCAGUUUGACCAAAAUUGCAAAUGAUGCAGUUUGACCAAAAUUACUAUUUACUUUUGUGAAUGCCCUUAUUUUCUA